AUGUCCUUCGAAGAGAUCAGCUCCGACGCUGCGCCAUCCGUCUCACCAUACUGUCGACCGCUAGAUGGCACCAAAUUGACCUCUUUCCAACCUCCCGCUCCUGCGCUCGUACCGCUUUUCAGGUGCGAAUGUACCGUUGCAUCCGUGCAUAUUGUCGGGCAGACGAGUGUGGGUGUGCGCAAAAUCAUACCGCUAGAGAGUGCAGUGUUGAGGAGCAGGUGAGUGGUCGAUUGCUCCGGCAUUGGAUGAGAGGGUGACGGUGACGCAGCACAACGUAUCAGAAGGGAAUUUUGACAAAGAUGCGAUCGCUCCCACGCGGCUUUGUGCUGGGGGAGGCAUGCAGCGAUGCGACAUCCCCAUUUCACGGCGCUCGCUUGCUGCAGGCAGGAGGGGCCGACUAUUUGCGCACGGACGCAGAAGGUACAGCUUGGCUAGACGCCCGCUACGCCUUUCUCCUCCGCUCAGGUCGCACGCUCUACGUUCAAUCAUCCGGCACUCGCUACGGUCAUUCGGCAGAAGCUGGACAAAAGCUGUUAGAGGGCAAGGAAGAGGUGGAGGUGGGAGAAUAUUGCUUCAGACUGAGACUGAUCUUGGAGUGCGAGGAUGAGCAUGAGGAGAUUAGAAAGGCUUGCAAGAGCCUCGUCAUCGCUUCGGCUGUGAGAGGUACAAGCAGCGUGGUGAGUCACUUGUCAAGCGAGCCGCGCAGCCAGCGCUCGAGUCACGUUGGUCCUCCGGGAAUCUCAGAAGUGACGUUCGAGAAUGCUAAUGAUGAUUUGCUCUCUGUGCCACAAUUUUUUUUUGCGCUGCUCUGUCGUCAAGGUAUACGACGCUUAUCUGGUCCAAUGA